UUAGCACGUCCAACUUUGACGUUCUUCCUUCACACAUUUCAUGUAAUAACCACAUAAAAAAUAUUAGUGUGGAAAAAAAUGGGGAGAGAUUUAUGUGUAGGAAAUGGGUUUUGCGCAAAGUUGAGCAACAAAUGGAAAGCAUUUGAAAAACGUAUCAAUGAAGCUGUUUCAAAUAGCAUUAUUGGUAAGUUUUUCAAGUUAGAUGCUAGAAAUACUUGUUUUACUAAAGAGUUACGUGCCGCGACCACGACUUUCUUGACUAUGUUGUACAUUAUUACGGUUAAUGCUAGUGUUAUUGCUGAUUCUGGCGGCCGUUGCUCGGCCGCCGACUGCUCGCCCCCGGGUGGGGCGGAAUGUGUUCUUAAGCCCAACCCGGGGUACGAGAGGUGUUUGGGCCAACUCAAGAGAGACCUCGUUGUGGGGACCGCUUUGUCGUCUUUUGUGGGCUCCGUUGCAAUGGGCUUGUUUGCUAAUCUCCCUUUUGGGUUAGCCCCAGGGAUGGGGUCCAAUGCUUACUUGGCUUACAGCUUGGUGGGCUUUCACGGGACAGGGCCCAUGUCGUACGAGACCACCCUUGCUGUGGUUCUUGUUGAAGGGGUUGCUUUCCUUCUUAUUGCCAUGCUCGGGCUUCGGGCCAAGAUGGCCCGAUGUAUACCUCCACCUGUCCGUCUUGCUUGUGCCGGGGGAAUCGGGCUUUUCAUCGCGUUUACCGGGCUACAAUCCCAUCUUGGAUUGGGCCUAGUAGGGCCUGAUUCGUCCACGUUAUUGACCCUCACGGGUUGUCGUACCACCGACCCCGUUACGGGUAAGUGUGUUGAAGGGAUGAUGCAAAACCCAACCUUAUGGUUAGGUUUAGUGGGCCUCUUGAUAAUCUCAUUUGGGCUUAUGAAGAACAUCAAAGGUAGCAUGAUAUAUGGUAUACUUUUUGUAACAUUUAUAUCAUGGUUUAGAGGAACUAGUGUUACAUAUUUCCCAUACACAACAAUUGGUGAUGCAAGCUUCAAUUACUUCAAAAAAGUAGUGGACUUUCACAUGAUAAAGUCCACAUUAGGUGCAAUUAGCUUUGCACACUUUAAUACUAGUCAAGUUUGGGUAGCUUUGGUGACAUUAUUAUACGUAGAUGUGUUAGCUACAACGGGUACAUUGUACACAAUGGCCGAAGUUGGUGGUUUUAUAGACGAAAAAGGUAGUUUUGAAGGCGAAUAUGCUGCUUACAUGGUUGAUGCAAGUUCAACCAUAGUGGGGUCCGCCCUCGGCGUCUCCCCUAUCGCCACUUUCGUCGAAUCAACGGCCGGGAUCCAAGAAGGGGGGCGAACAGGAUUAACCGCGGUAAUUAUUGGGAUUUACUUUCUCUUGUCAAUAUUUUUCACCCCACUAAUGACUAGUGUGCCACCAUGGGCUUUAGGGCCAGGAUUAAUAGUGGUUGGUGUUUUGAUGAUGAAAGUGGUAAAAGAAAUUGAUUGGAAUAACAUCAAGGAAGCAAUGCCAGCCUUUAUUACCAUUAUCCUUAUGCCCUUGACUUACUCAAUAUCCAAUGGGAUAAUUGGGGGAAUUGGAUUUUACGUCGCGCUUAAUUUGUAUGAUUAUGGUGUAAGGGUGAUUAAGUGGUUGAUUAAGAUGAGACGGGCCGUGAUUAGGGAAGAAAAUCAAGUAUUAGCGGCCCCAGUGCCGGAUAUUCAAGCUUGAUGUUGAAGUUUUAAGCAUGUUUAGGAGGUUUCUUUUAACUAUUAUUAGUAACUUAAUUAGCUUAAUUAGUGAAAAUCUAUAUGUAUGCACAAGGUUCAAUGAGAGCAUCACAUCCUUGUAGUGAGUAGAUCAGACAUAGGUUUAGUAAUCUUUCAAGGCUUCUUGUGCAUGCAUUAUGAAUAUAUGAAAUCUACAUUUCGUCA